AUGGCCGCUGCACCGACGGCGCCUAUGCAUGCGGCACCUGUCAGUCCAGAGGCGGAGACACAGACACUCAUCUCCCGAUGCUCAAGAAAAGUAUCCGGUCCGCUGGCUACUCCCUGCGAUUUUCAUCAAGUUGCCCUCAGGAACCUUAGGUUCGACGAUGAAGCUCUCCUGCGCGGAACGUUCUCCACGGACGCGCUGAGACAUUGGGGAGCAAUUCUCGACGUCAACAAUGGAGGCGGUGAUUGGUACAGCCUGUCAGAGCCCGCCGAUCACGUGGACGUAUUCGUAUCCCAUAAUUGGUCCAACUCUCGGGCCGAUAAGUUCUUGAUUCUGGCGCUUCACUUCAAUCUGAGGCCAGCAGUUUUCAGCACAGUAUUGGUUAUUUUUGCAGUAGCUCCUCUCUCAGUGGCUGGAGUUCUACCAACGACUGUGUUCACAGACCCUGACGGAAGAAGGAUGGGGCCAUGGUGUCAGGUGUUCGGUUUGGCAACUUUUCUGUUUACUUUGUCAUGUUGGCAGGAGAUUUGCAGACUACGCCCAUGUCGUGGAAAGAUGCUUUUCCUGGACAGGACAUGCAUACACCAAACCGAUGAUCUUCUCAGGCAGCGUGGCAUCGAGCAUAUUGCUGCGUUCUUGUACUUUUCGUGGAGCUUGUUGGUUUGUUAUUCCGAUGAGUACCUCCAGAAGCUGUGGACCGUGUACGAGGUUUCGGCCUUCAUGCUGUUGCACCCUGGGAGUGCUAUGCAUGUCAGGCAUGCGUGGUUCACCAAAUGUCUCAUAUCUGGUAUUGUUAUUGUGUUUCUCUUAAACAUGGUUUGGCACAUACUGUAUAUACACCAUGGCACUUGGGGCUCACUGUCGAUCGGGAGGGUGAGCUUAUAUCUGACAGCGAUAUGUUCGGUGCCAGCAUCAGUCGCAAUUGGAGUUAUGGUGCUGAAGCUUGCACGGGUACGGAUGCGGCCUGCGGACAUUUCAGAGCGGGUCAAGAGUUUUUGCUUCGACGAAGCAAGGUGUUACAACGAAGGUGAUCGUAGAGUUGUGAAGCGAAAUAUAGUUGCCUUUAUGAAGCACCAGGGCCAUGCAGAAACGGAAGCAAGCGAAGCCGACAUCAUUCGCGAAGUCGAUGCCAUGGUCCAGUCUGAUGUGCCGAUACUCUUUGAAGCAUCCCUCGGGCGCGUUGGCAUCCCAUACCAUCUUGUUGCGCUCGUCUCGUUGCCGUACUGCUUGCAGGCAAUCGACUACGCAUGUGCAGCCGUCCGCGACGGUACGCCUGUCAGGUCGUUGUGUAUAUUCAUGGUGUAUCAGAUGACCAAUGGUUUAGCUGCGGCCCCGGUCUGUCUCGCCCUCUCGACCACACUUGCCAGCAGGCUGGUGCAAGAUGACCGUAUCGGGCACACCCGAAGCAUAUGUGUUGUGGCAAUAGCUGCUGUCGCGGUUCUCGGUGGAAGCUUCUGCCUUUUGAACAUAGUGGUGAAGUGGGCAAUCGAAGGAGGCCACUUGGAGUUGGGCGUCUUCAUUGCCACACUAUGCUGCUAUUACUUGGUCGCUCUGUUUUUUUACCAGCCACCCGAAUCCAAUGUGCACCGUCGCCGUCUGAAAGACGAGUAA